CUGUCCGCAGUCUCUGGUCAUCCUUGUGCUGUCCGCAGUCUCUGGUCAUCCCUGUGCUGUCCGCAGUCUCUGGUCAUCCCCUGUACUGUCCGCAGUCUCUGGUCAUCUCCUGUACUGUCCGCAGUCUCUGGUCAUCCCUGUACUGUCCGCAGUCUCUGUCUCUGGUCAUCCCUGUACUGUGUCCGCAGUCUCUGGUCAUCCCUGUACUGUGUCCGCAGUCUCUGGGCAUCCCUGUACUGUGUCCGCAGUCUCUGGUCAUCCCUGUACUGUGUCCGCAGUCUCUGGUCAUCCCUGUACUGUCCGCAGUCUCUGGUCAUCCCUGUACUGUCCGCAGUCUCUGGUCAUCCCUGUACUGUCCCCGCAGUCUCUGGUCAUCCCUGUACUGUCCCCGCAGUCUCUGGUCAUCCCUGUACUGUGUCCGCAGUCUCUGGUCAUCCCUGUACUGUGUCCGCAGUCUCUGGUCAUCCCUGUACUGUGUCCGCAGUCUCUGGUCAUCCCUGUACUGUGUCCGCAGUCUCUGGUCAUCUCCUGUACUGUGUCCGCAGUCUCUGGUCAUCUUCUGUACUGUGUCCGCAGUCUCUGGUCAUCCCU